UAUGAAUUGUCUAUUAACUGCGCUCUACUGGGCUCAUAAAAAAGGCAUAAACCAUUCUGGGCUAGACAUGAACAGAAUAUAUUUACCAAGUAGGCCUGUAAGAUGCUUUAUGAGAUUUUUACGCGUGGUUAUGAUCGGUACGUAAAGAGCGCGUUUAGUGUUGUGCCGGCGUGUUUUAGCGUGGGUUGAUCUCAACAGAUUAUUUUUUCUCACACCGCUGCUGCACAAUAAAAAAGAAAAAAAAAAAGAAAAAAAAGGGAAGAAAAGGAAGAGAGAGAGAGAGAGAGAGAGAGAGAGAAAGAGAGAGAGAGCGAAAAUCGCGCACUGUCGUUUCCCGCGUGCGCUCAUUCAGCGCUCCAGUUCCGCUCCAAUCCAGAUCUGUGAGCUGCAGCUGAUGGUCCGUCAGUCUCCUUGUGACCUAACCACGGGAAGAACAUCUGCUCUUCCUCUCUUUCUGUCUCUCUUUCUUUCUCUCUUCUAAGGAAUAUCAGCCUGCGUUGCGCUUUCGGCUCGAACGAUGCGCUGUGCAGUUUGAUAACACGGAUUUUCAGUGCAGUGUUGGUUUCAUCAGAGCAUCACUAAAGACGCGUUUGGUGAAGCUCUGCGUCAUUCCUUCAUCUCCAGCUCAUCCAGGCGAAAGGCGUCGGAAGUUUUCGAGGAAUAUCCAAGAGGACAGUGUUUGGUUUGGAAUAAAAAGCGCUUUGGCUGGAAAUUUGAACUGGAGACAAGCCGCUGAUAUCGGACACGUUUGAUUUGUUUUUUGCGCUCUCGGUUUAGUUAGGGAAGUUUUUUGUGCAGCAACAGCGGAAAACAAAACAAACAAACAAACAAACAAACAUGGGCUUAUGUGGUUAUGUAGUUGUGCCCUGGAGAUGCCUGGCAGUUCUGGCUCUGAGACUGCUCUUCCUUGUGCCUGCAGGAGUGCCAGCUCGGAGCGGAGACUCUUAUUUAAAGGACAACAUCACGGUGAGACAGGGAGACAGCGCCGUCUUAAAAUGCAAUGUGGACAGCAAGGUAUCGAGGGUAGCCUGGCUGAACCGUACCACUAUUCUCUUCACGGGGAGUGAGAAAUGGUCUCUGGACCCACGAGUCGUCCUGCUGAAUAACACAGCAGUGACAGAGUACAGUAUAAAGAUCCUGAACGUGAACUUGCACGAUGAAGGGCCGUACGUAUGCUCCAUCCUCACAAACAAGAAACCCGAGUCCACCAAAGUUCAUCUUGUUGUCCAAGUUCCAGCCAGGAUUGUGAACAUCUCAACAGACAUAACGGUAAACGAGGGCAGUAACGUCAGUCUUAUGUGUUUGGCAAUUGGACGACCUGAACCCAGUAUUAUAUGGAAAUAUCACUCUGCUACAGGUCGUAGAUUCAUCAGUGAGGGCGAGUAUGUUGAGAUGACUGCAAUCACCAAAGAACAGUCAGGAUCAUAUGAGUGCAUCUCUUCAAAUGACAUCUCACCCCCUGACGUGAGGACGGUACAAGUCACAGUAAACUAUCCUCCGGUCAUUUCGCGAGUUCGUAGCGAAGGGACGGCUGUUGGACAGAGAGGAGAGCUGCAGUGUGAAGCAUCAGCUGUUCCUCUUGCUGACUUUCAGUGGUACAAAGAAGAGCGCCGCCUUUUCAACGGACUCAACGGAGUCAAAAUCGAAAACAAAGGUAAACAAUCUAUGUUGAUAUUUUUCAACGUGUCUGAAGAGGACUAUGGAAACUACACCUGUGUGGCCAUGAACACGCUGGGAAUCACAAAUGCAAGCAUAAUCCUGUACAGCCCAGGAGCGAUACACGAUGUGAACAGCGCUGCACUUUCUCCAUCCAGCUCUGUCUGCCCACUGCUCACACUCAUUCUCUUUUAUCUCAAGUUUUGAUGCUAGAGACACCAACAACUGCAUCAGCCCCUCUCGACAUAAAGCAAAGACAGACUCAAAGUCCCAUCAUUAGAAACAAACCACUAUUAUUGUUAUUAUUUGGUUUGAACUUUUUUUUUCCUUCCAGGAGUUGGGCUAGAAAAUAGAUUUGGACUAUGAGUCUGUCACAUGAGAAUGUGAGACUGCACAGGAUAGGGUUCUGUGACUAGCUGGUAAAUAUAGUGAUCUCUUCAUUUUUUUUAAAUGUCAAAGAAAAGCAAAAAGUCACUUGAUCGUUAAAAAAAAAAAAAAAACGAAAUAAAUACAUGGAUGGUUUUGCUCGGUAUUGAAAUGUGUGAGUCGAGAUGUCCGUAUCAUGUCAGCUUUCCUUGUAAAAAAAAAAAAAAAUGGAGUUCUUGCAAUGGAUUCUUCUUUCUAAAUAAUCAACAAAAGUGCAAAAAAUCAUGUGAUAUUUGAUUUCCUGUACCUGUACAGAUGUAUACAGUGGAAUACUUACAGUUCAUUUGAAUAUGAGUGAGGUCAGUCUGUGCGUAAUAUAGCUCACAUUUCCUAAAGAAAAGAAAAAAAAACAACAGUCUGUUGUGUAUUAUAAUGUUCAUCUUUCACUGAAAUAAUGUUCUGAUUUUGUAAAGGACUGCUGCAUCACCACACACAGACAGUAGGUCGGUAGGUUAGCCAUCUUACCUGGUCUUUUUAGAUCCUUAUUUUAGACACUCUUUACAGUAAUAUACAUGUAUAAUUAGGACGUAAGAAACACACUGGAUUUGAACAUUCGAUGCAAGAUUUGUGCACAUUUAGGCUUAUACUUCUGCAGAUGAUGAUGUAUAUGUGGAACGAGGCCCUAAAUACCGCAUGUGUAUUCAGAAAAGCAAAAGUAUUAUCAAUUAUUCAUUUACAGUAUACACUUCCUGUAGAAUUGGGAAAUUUCCUGUUCAAUGAUGAUCACAAGGUUAUAAAUAGGGAUGCAUUGAUACCAUUUUUUUAGACCAAAUACGAGUAUGAGUAUGUGUUCUGGUACUAGUCAAUACAGAUAAACUCACAUACUGAUACUUAAACUGAGUAACCGACUUAUUAUUACGCAAUUACGUUCAUCAUGAAAUAUUUUAUUGAACUUUAUUUAGUCGGGUUUUUUUGGGUGCUUGUUAUGCUCUCCUGAUGCCGAGUUAUAGAUUCAAGAUAUUUUAUCAUUUUACUUGGAUUACUUGUAGGUUGAUGCUCUCAGAGUUUGCAGUCUGCUUUGCCUUGAUUGCCAUUAAUCAUGAAAUGUCCAGAUCGCUGUCACUCCGUGUCGUCUGUACACCCGGCUUACCACAUAUAGUUUCAUGAUAUCAAAUUAUAGUAUUGGAGCAAUGAGCACUGACUGAACACGGUACUGAUCUGACACCUGAUCCCUGUACUGGUAUCGAUGCAUCCCUAGUUAUAAUAUGAACUGCUUACAAAUGAGGAAAACCCUUCAUUUUUUGAGGUAUGUUUUUAAUCAUUGUUUGUUUACUCUCUGUUGAGGUAUUUUACCAGUGUUCUCUCUCAGGUUUUAAGGGAUGACUUUAAUUUUUGUGUGCCUGUGAAUGUCUAUGCUUAAAUCCUUAUGGCAAAGGAUAUUAAAAAUAAGGCCAACACCAUUAUUUGUUAUGGUUAGUAUGCAUUAUUUAUUACUCUGUAUUCUCAGAGCUGGUUUUUAAAAGUGCAUUAGAUGCAUUUUAUUCCCAUGCCUUCACCAUGCAAUUUAUCCCUCCUCCUGCCCCACCCUGACCACCGAACUACACCCUUGACACAUCCCCCCGUGUAUCUUCUUGUGUGUAUAUGUAACCUUGAUAAGCUUGCCACUUUCUCUGUCACACCUCUGCACCUGUUACUCUCUCUCUCUAAAAGCAGAGCUCGAAUGCAGUCAGCACCUUAAUGAGGAGAUUUGGAUGCUUCCCAAGGAGAAACAGUUAUCAGCCCAUGACAUUACACCAGCCACACACACUUGCAUGUGCAAACACACACACACACACACACACACACACACAGAAAGAGAGAGGAGAGAGAGAGAGAGAGAGAGAGAGAGAGAGAGAGAGAGAGAGAAGAGAGCAUAGGAAUGAAAACUUGUACACUAAAGAUUUUGCAAGAACCAAAAUCUUCUACUCUACAAUGCAAAACUCAAACACACACACAUACACACACACACACACACACACACACACACACAUGAAUCUGCAUAAUUCUUCAAAAUUGAUUUUUUUCUUGUUCUUUUUAAAAUUAUUAUUAUUAUUAUUAUUAUUAUUAUUAUUAUUAUUACAGACCCAAGAGUGUGUUUUGCAUGUGCUGAGGGAUUUUAUUUUCCUGUAGAGAGAUGAGCUGUAUUAUUUUAAAGAUAAUAAACAAUAAUAAUUUAAAUGUAAAAUUAUAAGGAAAUGCUACAGCUACUAACUUUAAUGAACAAUACGUUCAUCAACGUUCAAUGCUGCAGAGCUCAAGAUAAAUAGGGGAUGUACAUUGGGACACAUUCCAAACAUUACUUAGAUAUUUUAAAAAGCAGAUUUGUAAAAGGUUCCUGAAGGAUAAAAGUAGAAAAGUAAAUGCUACCUAGUAGUUAAGCUGACCUGAACAACAGCACAGAUACAUUGUGCCAGUCAAAUGCUUUAAAUCACACCAUUUGAAAUAAUCCUAAAGAUAAAUAUUACAAAUGAUUGUUUUUAUUGGAAGAAGCUAGUGAAAGUCUUUAAUACAGUUAAGCACUAAAGAUGCAGCGCACUCCCUAUAUGGGUUUCAUAGGUAAUACUACCACUAAUAAAUAAUGAAUCUCUUACCUUUAGUUUUUAGUCAAGGUUUUUUUUAUUAUUACAUUUUUUAUUUAUUUUUUAUUGAAUUUUUUUUACUUAUUUAAUUAAUUUAUUUUUUUUACAAAACUAAUUAUUUUGAUUAAGAGAUUCCAGGUGUUCAAAAACUUUUGACUGAUAGUGUAUGAAGCCUAAAGAUGUCCACAGUGAAGUAUCCACCUGUCAUCUUACCUUCUGGAACAUGAAUUUAUCUGCUUUAUAUAGGAGCAGGGAACGAGAUGUUCCUCAGCUUGAAGAAGUGCCGGUCAAUCUGCAUUAAAUAAUGUUCUGAAGUACAACAACAAUGUAUUUUAGCUCAGUUUUGUUGAAUUCUUUAUUUGGAUUGAUGAGAAGUUGUUGUGUUGUUGAGUUUUCCAGGAACGGCCGCUCUGUGGCGGCUGCACGGCAAAUCACAGGUUUAUAAUAAUGCGUUUGUUCUAAUGCAUCACUGUUUCUAUAGUAACAGAUCAAUCACUAUUGUAUAGCAGACGCUCACACCAUUGAGUCAUAACUAUGAUAAAAAGCAUUGUGUAGACUCUUAUAAAAAAGAGUUUCCUUAGUUAAGGGUCCAUAAAAUCAACCUUUUCUGAGGUUGUACAGUUCUCCUUAGAUCCUUUAAUGUCUCCUCCACAUACUACAGUAGACGACAGAAGAACAGUGAAGUGUUCCAGAUUUGACGUGAACAUUGUACAUUUUUCAAAUUGUUUAUCCCUAACAGUGUAUAACUCAUAUGUCAUGUAAAUGAAUGAUUUCUCAAUUCAUUCAUUUCUCGAUUUGCACCUCACUUUCUGACAUGAAUUUUACAUAUCAUAAAUAAAUAAAAGUCUUUCAAAAAUUC